AUGGUUAUUAAGGCCAUAACCAAUGCAAUUCAGCAGAAUAAGAUUGCACCGCUUUAUCUUUUCUAUGGUGCAAGAGGCUCCGGGAAGACAUCUAUUGCUAUAAUAUUAGCAUUGGCCUUGAACUGUGAAUCCAGCUCAUUUAUCAAACCGUGCUGGAAAUGCCAAGGAUGCUCCAGAAGCCUUUCUAUUAUGGAGUUGUGUUCUGGAAGUACAGUUGCUGGAUUCAAAAGGAUUAGGAAACUCCUUCAAAGUAUAUCAUCUUUGCAAGCAACACCAGGAUUUAAGGUAUUUAUCCUUGAAGAGUGCGAAUCGUUUAGUACAGAAGCAUGGGACGAACUUUCAGGCAUAGCAAAUGGAGCUUACAAUGCUGGUGUGGUAUUCAUCCUUAUCACUACAAAUGCAGACAUGGUGCCUAGAACCAUAUCAUCAAGAUGUCAGAAAUUCUUCUUUCCCAAACUCAGAGACACUGAUAUCAUGCUCAAGUUGACUAGAAUUGCAGCCCAGGAGGGUAUAAGGAUUGAAAAAGAAGCAAUCAAACUGGUUACUACCAAAGCACAAGGAUCUUUGCGAGAAGCUGAAAACAUAUUAGACCAGCUGAUAUUACUGGGGCCAAAGAUAACAAGCUCCAUGGCACAACAGCUUGUAGGUCUUGUUCCGCAUGAUAAGCUCAAAGAAUUGCUUGCAAUGGCACUUUCCGGAGACACUAUGCAAACCCUGAGAUGUGCAAGGCAGCUGAUUGGAACUGGUAUUGAACCACAAAUGUUUGUAUCACAAUUGGUUUCGCACAUCACCAACAUGCUUUUCAGUGAGGCUGAUGCUGUUCCUGAAACCUCUUCUUCUACUCACUUAUCAACAGAUAAGGAACUUCUGCAAGGAGGAUCAGAGCACAAAAAUGAUCAAUCAGUGGGACUGUGUUGCGCCUUACAAAUAUUAGCUGCAGUAGAGAGGCAACCCAGGACCUCAACUGACCAUACCUUGCAGAUAUUUAAUGCUCUUUUACAAAUUGCUUCUAGAGAUGCUUCCAGCAAAAGAUCUUCCGGACCUGCCCUAUCCCCAGUUUUGUCUGCAGUAGCAGAUUACAAGUCCAAUGCAGAAAUGGAGUUGCAUAGCCUAACCCACAGCAGGUAUUUGGUGAACCACAUUGCCAUCAGCAACACUGCUGAGCAACAAGAGAUGGACAAUACGAAACAAAAGUCUACCAUCAAAAGCAUUGCGAAACAGACAAAUUGCAGAGACAAGGCAGUUGAUGGAGAGACUCACUUUACUUGCAUCAGUGAAAUGGAAGAAAUUUGGCUAAACAUGUUGGGCAGGAUGCAUAGUUCAUAUUUGAAAGACUUUUUGCGCCACAAAGUGAAGCUUGCAUCAUUAACUAUAACUAGUGGUAAAGCACUUUUACUCUCCACUAGCAUAUAA